CAACUAUCAACAAGCAUCCUCACAGCGGAUAACCAGAGCUGGGUGCACCUGUCCGAUACUGUCGUUUACGCCUACAACAUCACCGCUGGCGCCUGGGAUCAAACGUUCUUGAUGAAUGACUUCGAUACCUACGUCAGAUGCGCUGGAACAACAGACCCCGGCACUGGCCUCAUCUACAUUCCAACCGGAUAUCGCAUCGAUACCAAAAGCAGCUCGUUUGGCGGAGCUACCAUGAUGCUGCUGAACAUGACCGACAAAACUGGCCACAGCCUUCCAACGUACCAGCAGUUGGAUCAUGUAGAGGCCUAUUCUGUCGCGUGGAGCAAACCAUUGCGUGGUCUGCUGUUUUUUGGCGGCACUGGACGAACUCUAUCGGGACUGUACAGCUACAAUCCGGAGGCCAACGUAUGGAGUGAUAUUGCGCACACUACAACUGGCAUUGCGUCUUCCCGACGCACCUUUUCUUGCUUUAUCCCGGUCUACAGAGGUUCGAAAAUGAUCGUUUUUGGAGGAAAAGCUAUCGACGGAGGGGGAACGCCGCUUAGCGAUAUCAAAAUCCUGGAUGUCGCGACGAUGACCUGGACUCAAGGUCAGGAUGCAGGAGCUGCAAAUGCCAGGGCUGGAGCCGCGUGCGCCUUUUUGAAUGACCAACUCAUCGUAUGGGGCGGAAUCAACGAGACCAGAACCGACAGCAGCUUUCCCCAGAAUACAACGAUUGUCUACAAUUUCAAGACCGGAACCUGGACAUCCAGUUACGUAGCCCUAGUUGCACAUCCAGACAUAUCAGCACCUACGCCAUCGCCAUCGGCUUCUACCUCAUCACCAUCGGCCUCCACCCCAUCGCCGUUGGCCUCCACUUCCCCAUCAUUCAAACCACCGGAAGGCACGUUAACUAAUAACGACCACAUCCUUGCGAUACUUGUAGCCGUUUUCGUGGUCUUUGUUGUCUUAGUUGCUAUUGCAGCUGGAUUUACGUUUCGCGCUUGGAAAAAGCGAGCGGUUGCAUCAAGCACUAGUCCUAGCCGCUCUGAUGGCGAAAAAGGUGCGUACGGGACUUCCGGCUACUAUGUUCCACCGCCGCCUUCUACAGCUAGCUCUUACCCAAUGAGUUACCAGCUCUCAAACAUGCCAUGUCGAGAUCCUGCUGUCAUUCAAGAACGUGAAGCAUAUGACCAACGCCAUGGCCGACCUUUACAUGCUGAAUUUGGGCAAGGGCGACAUUCUUCGAAACAGUGGAGCGGAUCACGGUACUCAUAGAUUGAUUAGGCCAAGACGGAAUUGAAUAGCUCGGUGCUCUUCUCGCUGGGUUAUUAUAAAGAAGAAUACCGAUGAUGAAC